AAGAAGAGGCGUAAUAACGGACGCAACAAGCACGGUCGCGGCCACAACCGCAUCGUCCGUUGCGACAACUGCGCCCGCGCUGUGCCCAAGGAUAAGGCCGUCAAGCGCUUCUUGGUGAAGAACAUCGUCGAGCAGGCCGCUGUCCGUGACCUGACGGAGGCGUCCGUUUACGACGUCUACGUGCUGCCCAAGCUGUACCUGAAGAUGCAGUACUGCAUCUCGUGCGCCAUCCACAGCAAGCAGGUCCGCAACCGAUCUCGGGAGGGUCGCCGCGACCGC